AAGAUGUUAAUUGCGAAAGCAUUGGCUUUGAGAAGCCAAAUAAAUAUCCUGCUCAUCGACAAUUCUUCAAGAGAACUAUUGGAAUGUCUUACUUCUCAGCACCAUGCCUUGACAAAAGAGAUAGCCGAGUUAAAGAAACAAUAUCUAAUCGUAUUAGAUUUAAUAAAGGACCUUGGGAUGCCGAUUAAUUCAUGUUGGACAAAACAACGUAAGAAUCAGUUUUGGGAACACGAUUGCCAACGAAACGGUUGUGCUUUUUUUAAAGAGAACUUUCGCAUGAACUGAAGUUCCUUUGAUAAAUUAUGUGACACCCUCCGCCCGUUACAAAAAAUGGAUACAAAUUACCGAAAAGCUAUUCCUAUCGAGAAAAGAGUGGCUAUAACAUUAUUUGCUUUAGGGUCAUCUGCAGAGUAUCGUAGUAUCGCCAACAUGUUCGGUGUAGGAAAAUCUACGGUUUGCGAAAUUUUACUGGAAUUUUGCACCGAAAUCUGGAGAUUACUGCAGCCAUCCUGUUUUAAAAUGUUGCCUUUAAACAGAGAAAAUAUAACCGAAUUGGUGACUGGUUUCGAGGUAAUUGGAUUUCCACAAUGCUUAGGAGCAAUUGACGGAUGCCACAUUGAGAUUCAUCCAUCAUCUGACGAAGCUGUUGAUUAUUAUAAUUAUAAAGGAUGGUAUUCCACCGUUUUAAUGGCAUUAGUUGAUGCUAAAUACCGUUUUACUUACAUAAACGUAGGAAGUCCCGGGCGAUGUAAUGACUCUCAAAUUUAUGAGACGUCAUCACUUAAAAAAGAAAUGGAUAGUUGUUCUUUACUAAGCGAAAUGUCUAGAGAAAUUUCAGGCGUAAAUGUGCCAGUAUUCAUUAUUGGGGAUUCGGCUUUUCGAUUUAGCAAACAACUAAUGAAACCGUAUCCAUUUAGCGUAAAUCAAAAUAAUGGUGAGAAGGUAUUCAACUACGCUCUUUCGAAAACACGUAGAGUUGUCGAAAAUGCUUUUGGACACCUCAAGGCCCGCUUUCGACGCAUCGGAAAAGGAAUUGACAACUCUGUACGGAAUGCCAACUCCAUAAUAAAAGCAUGUUGCGUCCUUCACAAUUUUUUAAAUGAUAACAACGACACGCUAAACGCUAAAUGGUUACGCGCUUUGGAGACUAGACGCCAGAAUCCGUGUGAUAUUUCAUAUGCAUCUGACGACCCAAUUAAUGGAGAAAUGAUUCGGACAGCACUUUGUACAUAUUUUGGUAAGUACAUGUGCAUAUUGUAUCACAAUAUCUACAUUUUACACAAUUGCAUAUACAUUAAAUCAAAGAUAAAGUUGUACACACCA